CUUUCUUUCCCACACACCCAUACACACACACACUCAAUCACGAAUGCACAGGGAUUGCAGCAACAACAGCUGCACCGAGAGAUGGAGAUCGCUGCUGCAUGUGUGACUGCCUGUUCCCGGUGAGUGCAGGGACAGGAGUGAAUGAGUGUCAGUGAUGCUUGAAUGAGAUGCAUGAGGGAGAGGAAGGGAAGAGAAUGGAGUAAAGGGCAUAAGAGGGAUGUCAGUGAGGACCUCAAGAGGUUUUGAGACCGUGUCUGUCUGCUUUUUUCUUCCCCUAUCCUGAUAACCUGAAUCUUUGCCGGAUGUGCCACAACUACUUCAGCUGUCACUGCACCGGCAGCCUCGCUCUCAGUGCUCCCGCAGCUUGCGAGAGCUGCUCCAGUGGCUGGAUGGUACCCUGGCACCCACUAAACACAUGGAUGAACACUGGAUCUACAGGGGAUCUGUGCUUUCUUGUCCUUUGCACCUCUGAUCUGUUUCUCAAGGAACUAUGGUGAGCAAAGAGGACAUCAAAUGUGUUUUUCUCUCAAAUUCAGAUGAAUCAGAGUCAGAGACAGGCCCAUCACACACCUCAGACUCCAGAUCAGAAUCAGACAAGCUGCUGGUGAAGAAGAGAAACAAGGCCUUACAAGUCCGUUUUAAGGAUAUCUGUGAGGCUCAGAGGGAGCAUCAGGGAAGACACUCAAGAUCCAUUUCCUGCAAAGUAACACACAGAAAGUAUUUGACCAUGCCUGCCAGGCGCUCUAUUCCAAAUGUGACCAAGAGCACUGGUGUUCAGACUUCCCCAGACCUCACUAAGCGAUACAAGACUUUUCCUUUUGAGAGGAAAAAAGGACAUACAUUUAAACAUACUGCUUUGGUGGAAGAUUACAGAGGACAAAACAAUGGGUUUUUGAGUGAUGUAAAAACAGAAAAAGAGGACGAACGACCUGUUGGAGAGUCCUCUAAGUACAAGGGUAAGAUUGUGGGGCAGACAAAAGCUCUGCUUCACCACACCGAUGACAGCAGCGACACAGAGGAUUUGCUUUCCAGUGCCAACUGUUUAGAUGGACCCUCAUGUCCAGACCCAUCACAUUUCUUGGAAGAGGGCCAACCGAGUAGCCCUCCUUCUAAAAGUGAACCAGAAUACCAGGCUUGUGGGAAAUGGGCCAAACACAAAGGUUUAUCCAAAGAAGACACGGAUGCUAGCACUUCCUCAAAGCGCCAGCUGGCUGACUCUGAGUUUUUACAGGACAAGCCAAAGGGCACGGGCCCUGUUGCAUGGAACUCUUUGACACAGGUGGAGUCAAUAGGAAGCCCCACUGUGAGCUGUAAACGGAAAAAGGGUUUGCAACUAGGUGAACAGCAGUCCCAGCCCUUUCCUCAUAGUGUGAAAUGUUCUGUGCAAUCACAAGGACAGUGUCGGACAAGGCAUGUGUCAGCCUCCUCUAAAUUGCAGCGAUCAGUUGAGGGGGACGAGGGAUUUCCACCAGGAAGCACAGGAACCCUAGGCAUGGGCAGCAGCCAGCAGAUAAUACCCUUAUCAGGAGACAAGGAUAUCAAAGCACAGCUGCAGGCCAUGGAGAGUCUCAUCAACUCAAGCCAGGAAACCAUCAAGGUCCUUCUUGGAGUUAUUCAGGAGCUGGAGAAGGGUGAAGCACAGAGAGAGGGUGUUGAACUGGACUUUAAACAGCAGGAGGAUAAGCUCCAGCCCCUGAUGAAGAGACUUUGCCCCCUGGAUAGCCAACAAUGCCCUGCUCUGCCUUAUUCCAAUGAAGUGUUCACAUCUACCCCAAAACGCAAAUCCAAGACAGAGUCCAAGAAGCAUGCCCGUUGGAAACUCUGGUUCCUCUGAAUAAAACAUGAAGGCCUUGGAGACAAUCAUUUUAAUGGGAGCAUUAACACCCCAGUUAUUGUCAAAGUGGAAGGAAUAUUCAGAUGGAGGUGCUCAGUCCAUGUGAACGGAUGACGAUGGAGGCCAGUUGAUUUAGAGUUCUGAGCUGAGACUGUCAGGUCAGCAGGGGGACAACAGAGACAUAAAACAUUUUAAAUUCAGUCUAACCUUUUUCUGGUAUGUUUGCGGGAUGGGAUCGACAUCCACCUGAAAAAACUAGAGCAUAUUGCUUGGCAACAAGAGGAGGCACCCUGUGGAGAGUCUUGUAUGACUGAAGCUAUAAUCUUUGAAUGGACAUCAGCCCAACCUACAGCAAAGCACAAACAUUUGAGCAUUGAUGGGAACAUGCUUUAAAAGAAUGACGCAAAACAGUAUGUGACAGAAUGCCAGCACUGUUCUUACAACCCUUUGCUAUCCUCUUCUCUUCCCCCUUAUUUAUUAACAUGCUGCUGUUUAUCUGACUGUACAUCUGCUUCGCUAAUAACUGAUUUCCUCAACAUCUCAAACUUUAUCCCUUUAUCUCUCUCUCUCUGUCAGUCCCUUUCUUUAGCUCUUCCUCAAUCAACUAGACAGCCAACUUUGCCUGAUUUACCCUGUUGUUAUCUCCUCCUACAGGCUGACACAAUGUGCAGAAUCUGUAUUUUAGAUGAUCUUCAUCUUUUUGGUACUGUGAAUUUAAU